AUGGGCUCCACAAGGACAUGGCCUAUUGAUGCGCUCACUGAGCAUCAGGAGCUCCUCUCAUUCUGGGUCUUUGGGCAUACCGUAUGGUCCGUCGUAUACAAUCUCUACUUUAACCCACUUAGCAAAGUGCCCGGACCGUUCCUGUGGUCUGUAUCGCCACUCCCACUCCUGUUGAUGUCAUGGUCGAGCACGCCGCACAAACAGAUCCUGGCAUUGCACAGGAGGUACGGCGACGUUGUCCGCACAAGCCCAGACUCAGUGUCAUGCCUCCACGCAACAGCAUGGAAAGAAGUGUACGGGCAUCGUAAGCCAGGUCAGCCAGAGAACCUCAAGCACCCAGGUUUCGUAGCCGAAGUCGCCUCAGGUAUCAUCGGGGCCGACACAGACUCUCACACACAUCAACGUCGUCUGCUAACGCCCGCGUUCUCCGGGCAAGGCAUACAGCGCCAGGAGCGUAUCAUCCGCCACCAUAUCGACCAACUCUUCAGCUGUUUUGGAGAGCACUGCGCCGAAGGUCGAUCCCUGGAUCUGGCCAAGUGGUUCAACUUCUUCUCAUUUGAUGUCAUUGGCGAUCUCAGCUUCGGCGAGUCUUUUGCGAAUAUGGAGCGGAGGGACUUUCAUCCAUGGGUUGCGACAAUACUGGAGUUCUUCGUUGCGCAACAUGACAUGGCACACUUCCGGCGGGCGUAUCCGUUGUUCGAGGCGAUGAUAAGCCCGUUUGUUAGAAUAUUCGCCAAGAAGAUCAUCGCAAAGCAUAAUCUGUUCAUGCGUACUCAAGUUGCGAAGCGUUUAGCUCUGGAGCCCAGCCGACCGGACUUCAUUGAAGAGAUGAAAUCCGACAAUAGUAAGGGAAAAUGCAUCGACGCAUCUUUCGAUAGCGAAGAACAGAUCACACUUCUCAGUGCGCAGCGUCUCAGAUACCUCUCGGCUGUCAUAGACGAGACCUUGCGUAUUCAUCCGGCUGCCGUAGGCUCAGUGCCACGACUGAUUCAGCGCAAUGGUGAGGUCGUCGGAGGGCACUUUCUGCCUGGAGGGACCUGCGUGGACAUUUGGCACUGGGCGAUGUAUCAUAACCCAGCCAACUUCACGGAACCAGAAGUCUUCGCUCCAGAGCGCUGGCUCGGAGAUCCUCGCUUCGAAGCGGACAAGAAAGCGGCAUUCCAGCCCUUCUCGACAGGAAAACGCAGCUGUAUCGGUCAGAAGUACGCCACGCCCCGUCUCUGGUACAAAUACGAAAGAAUUCGCUGA